UACUUUAGAUUUAUUAAAUUCUGACUAAUUUUAUAAUAAUUGAAUUGAUAUCAUAUAUCAUAUACUUAUCAUUAUUUAUAAUUAUAUUUCAAAUAAGAUUUUUAUUUCGAGUAAAUACCAAAAAUGUCUGAAUUUCCCGAUUUAGGCCAACAGUGCUAUCAAUGCAAGAGAUUAGAUUUUUUACCAUUGAUUUGUCUUUCUUGUAAAGAAGUCUUUUGCAAAGAACACUAUUCAGUGGUGACUCACAGUUGUCCAAAGUAUGACACAAAAGAAGUGAAACCCGUAGCCACUGGUGGUCACCGAACUAUAUUAGGAAAGUGUUGUUAUUGUGUUGAGUCAGUGCCCGACACGGAACUGGUCUUAUGUGACAAAUGUAAUGAUAAACAUUGUUUAGCUCAUCGUUACUAUGAUUCACACAAAUGCAAACACAAUACUACCGCUAAUGUUAAGUCAAAUGUAAUACAAUUUGUCAACAAAUCUACCAUAAGUUCAACACCGCCUCAAAUAAAGGGCACUAAAAAUGAAGGUUUGGCCCGAAGAGUAGCUCUUAUGAAACUCAAACAAACAGCUUCGGGACAGACAUCGAUUCCAGUGACCGAACGAUUGUACUUCAAAAUGCGAUAUCAAAAGAGCCAACAAAUCCAAGAGUUUGAUAUUAAAGACAUAUUUGUGUCUAAUGAGUGGUCAAUUGGCAAAUGUAUUGACUGGUUGUCAACACAUUUUGGUUUAAUUAAUAAUAAUAACAAUCCAUUGGAACCAAAGUUAGUUCUGUCGUCUGAUAUUAAUAAUUAUGAAUCGUUUCCUACGUCUUCAUCACUGAAACAAUUAGAAAGUGAAGGAUUCGUUCAAAACGGUGAUACACUAUGUCUUAAAUAUGUUAAUUGA